GGCGGAGCGGCGAUCGGGAUCCGGAUGGGGAUUGGGAAGCGGCGCAGCGGCGCUGCCACGUGGCAGGGCCUUGAUGGGGGCGCAAGCGGAAGCGGAAGCGGAAGUGGAUUGGGAAGCGGAAGCGGGGGGGGGCGGAGGUCAGUGGAGGUAGGCGGAGACGGGAUUGGAAAGCGGAUUGGGAUUGGGAAGCAGAUCUGGAUUGGGAAGCGGAUCGGGAUUGGGAAGCCGCAUCGGGAUUGGGAAGCGGAUUGGGAAGCCGGAUCGGGAUUGGCAAGCGGAAGCGGAGGCAGGCAGAGGUCGGUGGAGACGGGCGGAGCGGAAGCGGAGGUGGGCAGAGGUCGGCGGAGAAGUACGGAGAAGCGGGGAGAAGUAGGGAGAAGUGGGGAGAAGCAACGAAGACGCUGUCGGGGAGAAGUGGGGAGAGGCGGGGAGAAGCGGGGAGAAGCGGUGCUGCCACGUGGCAGGGCCUUGAUGGGGGCGCAAGUGGAAGAGGAAGCGGGUUGGGAAGCGGAAGCAGGGGGGGCAGAGGUCGGCGGAGGUAGGCGAAGACGGUCGAAGGUAGGCGGAGACGAGAUUGGGAAGCGGAUUGGGAUUGGGAAGCGGAUCAGGAUUGGGAAGCCGAUUGGGAUUGGGAAGCGAGGAAGCAGCGCUGCCACGUGGCAGGGCCUUGAUGGGGGCACAAGCGGAAGCAGAAGCUGAUUGGGAAGCGGAAGCGGGGAGGGGCGGAGGUUGGCGGAGGUAGGCAAAGACCGACGGCAGUAGGCGGAGGUAGGCGCUGCCACGUGGC